UACAUCAUCGUCGCACGAUCAUCUCGUUGACAUUUCACGCCGUUGCUCUUACUCAAUAACAUUUGCAAUAGCCACACGAUGAAGCGGACUGGAGGGAAUUAAACAAACAAAUAAGCAACAACAACAAAAAAAUCUGUGGUUUUGACUGAAAGACUGGGCAGGCGACAGAGGGGGGGAUGUCUCGGCUUCUGAGGCUCCUCUCGGCGGUCGCUCUGCCUCUGUGCCGGGCUGGAGGAGCCCGAGCUCGGCUCUCUGCGGCGAGGGCAAGCUGGCUCUUCGCAGCCGGGUAUCGGAGCUCCGCCGCCCCAAACGUCUGUCGGACUCCAGCUAACUUCCUGUCCGGUCGCAGAUUCCAGUCGGCUCAGCGACGACUGUACUCCAGUGAACCCAAAGAUGGAGGAGGUGGAGGAAGAUCAGGAGGAGGGAAGAGAGGAGGAGGCGCAGGAAAAGACUGGUGGAGCCGAAUACAGAAGGGUGACUUCCCCUGGGAUGAGAAGGAUUUCCUUCACAUGGUGAUCACCUUGGCUGGUGUCAGUUCUGUUCUGCUCUACUUUUACUUCAGAGAGAGCGGCAGAGAGAUCAACUGGAAGGACUUUGUCCACCGAUACCUGGGAAGAGGCCUGGUGGACCGGUUAGAGGUCAUCAACAAACAGUAUGUCAGAGUCACCCUGGUGCCGGGAGCGGAGACCGACGGGAGCUACAUUUGGUUCAACAUCGGCAGCGUUGACACGUUUGAGAGGAACCUGGAGAUGGCGCACAUGGAGCUCGGCAUGGAGCCGUCGCACCGAGCUACCGUAGUCUACAGCACCGGAAAUGACGGCUCUUUUCUUAUGAGCAUGCUCCCCACCUUGCUGCUCAGUGGUUUCCUGCUGUUUACCCUGCGGCGGGGACCAAUGGGAGGAGGCAUGGGUGGCGGGAGGGGCGGUCCUUUCAGCAUGGGCGAGUCAACGGCCAAAAUGAUGAAGGACAGCAUUGACGUGAAGUUCAAGGAUGUGGCCGGCUGCGAGGAGGCUAAACUGGAGAUCCUGGAGUUCGUCAACUUCCUGAAGAACCCCCAGCAGUACCUGGACCUCGGAGCCAAGAUCCCCAAGGGUGCUGUGCUGUCUGGUCCUCCUGGGACGGGGAAGACUCUGCUGGCCAAGGCUACUGCUGGAGAGGCCAAUGUGCCUUUCAUCACCGUCAAUGGCUCAGAGUUCCUGGAGAUGUUUGUGGGCGUCGGUCCAGCCAGGGUGAGGGACAUGUUUGCUAUGGCGAGGAAGAACGCCCCCUGCAUCCUCUUCAUAGAUGAGAUUGAUGCUGUAGGGAGGAAGAGAGGAGGAGGGAACUUUGGUGGUCAGAGUGAACAGGAGAACACCCUGAACCAGCUGCUGGUGGAGAUGGACGGUUUUAACACGGCUACUAAUGUGGUGGUCCUGGCUGGAACCAACAGACCUGACGUCCUGGAUCCUGCCCUGAUGAGGCCGGGGCGCUUCGACAGACAGAUCUACAUAGGUCCUCCAGACAUCAAGGGGCGGGCGUCCAUCUUUAAAGUCCACCUCCGACCAAUCAAACUGGAUCCAAACAUGGACAAAGACAAUCUCGCCAGGAAGAUGGCGGCUGCCACCCCAGGAUUCACUGGAGCCGACAUUGCUAAUGUCUGCAACGAGGCAGCUCUGAUCGCUGCCAGAUACCUGGGCCAAUCGGUCAACGCCAAAAACUUUGAACAGGCCAUCGACAGGGUCAUCGGAGGUCUGGAGAAGAAGACUCAGGUCCUGCAGCCCACGGAGAAGAAGACUGUAGCGUAUCAUGAGGCUGGUCACGCCAUCGUGGGCUGGUUCCUGCAGCACGCAGACCCGCUGCUGAAGGUGUCAAUCAUCCCGCGGGGGAAAGGUCUGGGUUAUGCUCAGUACCUGCCCAGAGAGCAGUACCUGUACAGCAGAGAGCAGCUGUUCGACAGGAUGUGCAUGAUGCUGGGAGGCCGCGUGGCCGAGCAGGUCUUCUUCGGCCGGAUCACCACUGGCGCUCAAGACGACCUGAAGAAGGUCACGCAAUCGGCCUACGCUCAGGUGGUGCAGUUUGGGAUGAGCGAGAAGGUCGGACAGGUGUCAUUCGAUCUGCCCCGGCAGGGCGAGAUGGUCAUGGAGAAACCGUAUAGCGAGGCGACGGCUGAGCUGAUUGAUAAGGAGGUCAGAGAGCUGGUGGAUCGAGCGUACGAUCACACGAUGCAGCUCAUCCAGGACAAGAAGGACCUGGUCGAAAUGGUGGGGAAGCAUCUCCUGGAGAAGGAGGUCCUGGACAAGGCAGACAUGUUGGAGCUCCUGGGCCCACGGCCAUUCGAAGAGAAGUCCACGUACGAGGAAUUUGUGGAGGGGACGGGCAGCUUCGAGGAGGACACCAGCCUGCCGCAGGGCCUCCGAGACUGGAAUCAGGAGAGAGCAGGGGAGGGCGAGGAGACGAGCCCUGCUCAGGAUAAACAGCAGGCCAUGUAGAGCAGGAGGUCGAACCGAUAGAUAAACAAACGCUUUUCAAAUCAGCUGCACAAACCCGGGAGGUUGUUAUUUUAUGAAUUUAAGUUUCAAAAUUCAAACGCUCAAAUUAUUAACUUAAUUCCCUGAAAUUACCAGCAGCAAGUUCACAGCUUCAUCCAGAGUGUCCACUUCGUGUUUGGUUUGAUUUAACAUUCUGGGCUCGGACAAUGCUGAUACAUCACAUUUUUCGACUCUUCUGUUUUCUUCUGUGCACAAAACCGAAGAAAGGCGACAAUUGAAGUUUAGAAAUGACUCUUUUCCCUUUUUGGACCCGAAGUUGCUGCAAAUCGCCUUAACACUCAUCAAACAGAUAAACAGAGAGCAGAUUUCAAUCUUCCUGGACUGAAUGUAAAUUACUGUGAACAGUGAUUUUAUCUUUUUAUUUAUUCCAUAAAUGGAGUUCGGCUCUCUGAGUGAGGUCUGCCUCAGAAAGUAGCUCAAGCUCAACUUUUCUUCAGCCAGAUUUAAAACCUUUUUACAGGUUUAAAUAUUUUGAGAAUUAAUAUUAUUUGUAUUUUUUUCUUUGUUUCCUGCGUUUGUUUUUACAACAUUUCAAAGUUGGUGCAGACGUGUUCCUGCAUUAACUCGUAACAACGACACAUUUCAGACAGUCCGGUGUUCGGGUUAGGGGAGUUUGGAAUUGGUUUAUACAGAAACACCGUGAUGCUGUAAAAUGACGUGUAAAUGUUUGUAUAAAUUCCGUGUGACAACGACUCGAAAUGCUGGAAACUCUGCUGAUUAAGGAAAAGUCCCCAUUUCUAACAUCUUCAAGCCAAGCGAACAGUUCAUCCUCAACAUUGAUCCGUCGAUGUAGCAGGGUUAAAAGACUUGCUCUGUUAAUGAUUUUGUUUUUGAUUAACACCUCCCCUGAGGAGAGACAAACCAGUGAAACUUAUCUUCUCAGCCUGAUAUCGCUUCUGCCUUCACGCGAACUCCAUUAUCCUCCAGAAAUGAUUAUAAAGGCAUAAGAGAUUGUGCGACUGCAUAUGGUAUCUAAACUUGUUUAUUACAGUGGAGUUCAAAUUUAAAAUGAGUCCUUUUGUUACAGGUAUUUAAAGAUAAUGUGAAACCUUAAAGUUACUGGAAUGUCACUCAUACAAUUUGCCUCAUUUUCUUCAUCAAGAUCCAUUAAUUGUUGUCUGGAAAACUGGAGAAAUUUUCAAAAACAUAUGUGAUGAAUCUGCCCCUUUUCUCUGGAUCCAUGUGUAAUCCUGCUGAUAAUCAAACAGACGGGUGACGUAGUGACCAUCCAUGUUGGAGGUGAUGAAAAUAUUAAUUAAUACAGUUAAAUAUCUCGAAUGCACCUGUAUGGUUUCAUCUGAAGAUGUUUUUGCAUUCAACCAAAAUGUAUUUGUCACAGGAGGAAAUCAAGUUCCACACAUAAAACAUUGUCAUGAUGUUUUACAAAAUUUAAGACCGUUUAAAGAGUUCAUAAUUUUAUGCCCUAAAUUUACAUUUGUGAUAUGAUAACAUGACAUAGAUAAGCAUGGACACUGCUUCUAUUCAAACCUUUCUGUACCAGUGCACCGAACACAGCAGGCAUCCCACUGGAAGGCAUAGUGGGAAAUGGAGGAAAGCGUCGGCUGAAGUAGAAGUGCUGGCAGCAAAAGCCCAAAGCACAGCAGGUAUUGAUAACUAUGUUUGAGUGACACGCGGACAUACUCACAGAACGAUUAUUAAAGUCAGCCACACCCUCUUGUACAUGAAGUAUAUACGACUUGAGGCCUGUAUUGUGAAGCAGUAUUUGUGAUUAUUAAGGUUUACUAAAGUCAACUUAGGUAAACAAAUGACUUGGUGUUGAAUAAAAUUCCCUUGGUAUAUUUAA